AUGGAGGGAGACGAUAGCAAUGCCACGAGUCCAGAACAGCCAAAGUCGUCCAACGAAAAGCAACAUGAAGAAGAAAUUCAGGCAGCAUCAGUGACAAAGGACGCUGUUCCCGAAAUCAGAGAGAUCCACAAAUUAUCGCCGGCAUCGGAAUCCAAGGACUGUCACAAAGAUGGCGUCAUCGAAGCGGAUGCCAUACCCAGUGAAGAAGCAAUCGAGUGGCACACUCCUUUUGGAGAAAGCACAUUCACCUUCCUUUUCAUGUGCGAGCCAAACAGCCGGGCAUUUUGGUAUGCUAUUUUUGUCUACUCCAUACAGCUAUCUACUACGGUGCUGAUGCUGGUGGACAUUAUUGAUCUGGGAGGCAGCAAUCCCAUUCAACUGCCACCAAUGGUGGGGCUACCAACCACUUUGGCACAAGCAGUUAUUAUCUUUAUUGUGGUUGCCUUUCAGUCCGAUCUAAUGGAAGCCGUAUCAAAACUCCACGAUGGCUACUACCCUCCCAUCAUGGAGGUAUUUCCAGGAGCAACCUAUCCAACGUGGCUCGUAUCCUGUAUCGCUCAGCUAAUAGCAGGAAUUUUCCUCUUGGCCACAAAUUUUAUUCUUACCAUGCAAGUCGACAACGUUGUUGCUGGCAUGUUGAAUUUUGCGGCUCUACAUUUUAUUGCCGAAAUUGAUGACACUGGAUUCCAACUGGCCAAGCUGGGGUUUGUAACCCACCCCAUCCAAGUUCGUGCCUGGCAAGUGGCAGACUUUCACGUGCCGAAACGAGACAAAGGAAACACACUGAAGCGUGGCCUCUACAUGGCUACUCUGGUCAGCCUGUUUAUUGGCUAUGGCAUUCUCAAAGGCCGGCAGUUGCAUGGGUAUUACCUUCCGACCUAUCUGUUUGUGCAGUUUGGGGAUGCCUUUAAUACAGAAUUGGCGUUUUACAGUGGGUUGUUUGAGUCUGAAUAUGUUCGAACUGCAGGACACAGAAGCUAUCGCGAUAUAGACACCAAGACAAUCCUAUUGGCAUACUGUGACCGUGAAAAAGCAUGGACGUUCUCAGGAACCAACGAUCCAUGUGACUUCUUUGCCAGGACUUUGAACACCGACACUUAUGAUGUGACUACCGUCCCUUGGAAUGACUGGCUGGUCAGGGAUAGAUUAACCAGGCUGCAGCCAUUUGAAUCAUUUAAGAUGUUCAGCAAAGACUGCGAUUCACGGGCUUGCCAGGGGAAAUGUGAAAAAGGGCUUUGUAUUUGCCCUCCUGCCACCUUUGGCUUUGAUUGUGAGUUCACUAAAGUCUGUCCUGAAAUGAUUUUGAAUGGAAAGUUUGAUCCGUUUCCCGAGGCAUCGGGUAAUGAUGUCCUGGUCAAUACCUACACAGUUGGGGAUCGAUUUCAUUUGCUAAGGGACGAAACUGGAGAGCUCGUCAAAGUAUACAGCAUGCCAGUUUACUACUCAAAAAGGAAUUUCCCAGCAUCUAUCAUUUUCUUCUCAGGUCGCAGAUGGGCAGUAACCAAUGAAUUCUUCCUUGGGCUGUCCUCCAUUGAGUUGUUGCUAGAAGGAGGAUAUGUGCCAAACAGAACUGCUAGCUUUCUGCAGAAUUGGUCAUUCCAUGGCCACCACGCCACAUAUAAUAUUCCAAAGUUCAUGAGCGAUCCCGUGGACUUCCAAACUUCACAGUUUCUUCCUAGCCCUGUUGGAUUGAGAUGGUCCGAAGUUGUGGUUGCAGACAAGAACAGUACUUCUUUUGAUGUCGGCGAUCCCAUUGAUACAGUUUUGUCAUGCCUCUCAUGCCUUCCCAUUCAUGGCGGUUUCUGCGAUCCCCUUGGAGGAGAGUGUAUUGAAGAGACCGGCCUAUGUGAUUGCAAUCCUGGUUACAGUGGUGGGACUUGCGAAAUUGUUCAACGGUGCUAUGAUCAGAAGACACCAUGUUCAGCUAGAGGAGUUUGUGACAACAUCUCUGGUGUGUGUCGAUGUGAAGAUCCUUGGAAAGGCAAGCUGUGUGAAGAUGUACACUACUGCGUUGAUGAGAAGGGAAAAUGUUUCAAUGGAGGAUUCUGUGAUGUUUCUAGUUCAUGGCUCUACUGUGAUUGUUCGGACCCUGCUACUGUGGGGGUUGCGUGUGAAUAUUACCAAGACUGUACUAUCUUUGGUUGUGUCAAUGGUGGAGUGUGCAAUCAACACAACAGAUCAUGCAGUUGCAACACACCGUACUAUGGUGCUGCAUGCCAACUUGUUGAUUCAACCCUUGACGUGGGCAAAUGUUUCGAGGAUGACGAUUGUCACAAUGGGUCCUGCAACACAACAGCUGGAACAUGCAUCUGUUCCGAACCAGGAAGGCACGGUGUUUUUUGUGAGCAUCAACACAAUUGCACAAAGGACAGUUGUCUAAACGGAGGGUUAUGCAACCAGGAAUCAGGACAUUGUGAAUGUAAGGUGCCGACUACGGGAUUCAAUUGUGACGAGGUUCCAUCUUGUCAAGAGGAUGCAGAUUGUUUGGAACCAGGGACCUGUUUCUUUGGGAUUUGCUUUUGCAAUGAUACCCUUCACGCUGGCGAUUUGUGUCAAAAUACACAUGAUUGCACGAUUGUUGGCUGCCACAACAACGGCACUUGCCAAGACGAUGGCAAAUGUUUAUGUGACUCUCCAUUCCAUGGGUUCUUGUCUAGCCAUGCAGUCUAG